UUCAGCAUAUUUCCAAUAAGAUGCAUUUUAUUUUAAAUAAUGAAAAGAAAUCUAAUUUUAUUUAUUGCAAACGGGUCGAUUGUUGUUCAAAAAGUACUUUAAAACAGCUUGAAACGAUGCUACACGCCAGCAUGUGUGGUAUUAAAGUCAUUUCUAGCAUUUCUUUUUAUUGGGAUAAAAGUAAAUCGGGUUUAUUUCACGGUGAUAUCAUAGUCUGGUGUCUGGGACGUUAAUUUUGACAGAUUUAUGUGAAGCCACGCCUAAUGUCUGGACGCUGCUGUUGUAUUGGUAGGAAACUCAGUGCACGCAGGACCGCAUUGGCUGUUUUUUUUCUUUUCAUUUUUUUUCAUAAGGGUCCCAAACUACACCGAGAUUUGGAAUAAUACGUUACAGUCCUGCAGGAAAAUGGCGACUGUCAUUCAUAAUCCAUUAAAAUCGCUCGGCGAUCAGUUCUACAAGGAGGCCAUCGAACACUGUCGGAACUACAAUGCCCGACUGUGUGCCGAACGCAGCGUCCGGAUGCCUUUUCUGGACUCUCAGACCGGCGUGGCUCAGAACAACUGCUACAUCUGGAUGGAGAAACGCCACCGACAGCCAGGCCAGGCAGCAGGACAGAUGUAUACCUACCCCGCUCGCUGCUGGAGAAAGAAGAGGCGACUCCACCCUCCUCUGGAUCCUCAGCUCCGCCUGUGUGAGCUCCGACUAGAAGCUGAACUGGCCCCGAAGCGUGAAGGUCCACCAGGGGAGGCCACGGCGCUGGAGGCCCUGCUGAGGAACGACAGUCUGCUGGAGAAGAAGAACAGCCUCAGCAAGGAGGAGGAGACUCUGCUGGAAAUACAGAGAGUUCUGGAAGCUGAAGAAAAUGGAGACGGUUUCCAGGAUGAUGAAGACUUUGAACUGGAUACUCCAAAGAGAAAGAACAGAAACAGAGGAAAAAGCAGAGGAUCGAGUCGCAGAAGGACAGAACCUGUUAACAUCGACGACCAGGACAAACCUUACAUCUGUGACAAUAGAUACAAACAAAAGUAUAACUCAAAAAAGGCUGAAGAAGUCUGUGGGAAGCGCUACAAGAACCGACCCGGCCUGAGCUACCAUUACACCCACACUCAUCUGGCCGAGGAGGAAGGUGAGGAGGAAAAGGAAGCAGAGACGGUUCCAUCUUCUCCACAGAGCACCGACAACCACAAACCUCAGAAGGGCCCCGACGGCGCCAUCAUCCCCAACGACUACUGUGACUUCUGCCUCGGAGACCAGGACUCCAACAGGAAAACAGGGCAGGCCGAGGAGCUGGUGUCCUGCUCCGACUGUGGACGUUCUGGUCACCCAACAUGUCUGCAGUUCACGGAGAACAUGAUGCAGGCAGUGAGGACGUAUCAGUGGCAGUGCAUCGAGUGCAAGUCCUGCAGCCUGUGUGGAACCUCAGAGAACGACGACCAGCUGCUGUUCUGCGACGACUGCGACCGAGGAUACCACAUGUACUGUCUGAAGCCUCCGAUGACCCAGCCUCCUGAAGGGAGCUGGAGCUGUCACUUGUGUCUGGACCUGUUAAAGGACAAAGCCUCAGCCUUCGGAGAAGCAUAACAGCAGCAUGGAAACACACAAAAUACAUGUUUAACCGGUCGACACACCCACAUGCUAGCAAAAACUGUCUCUCAGAUGCAAACACAAACACACAGUGCAUUAGCAGGCUCAUGCUCAGAGAUCCUCUACCUCUCAAACAUCCAAGCAACAGCAUUCAGUCAGUCAGCCAACAGCAGGUCUACCAGUCGGCCACCGCUCUACCUCACCACUCAACAGGCGGCAACAAGCCAAAGCGACAUAAAGACGGCCAACACUGUGUCGUGCAUGUGUGUGUGUGAAAUAUGUGUUUAUUCUAAGCCAAACGUCUGAAAACUUUCUGGAUGUUUCAACCUGACUCAGAUUUAUUCGAGUGCGAUCUGGAAGGCGGCUUCCUUCCCUCGCUGCUCAACAUCUCCGGCGGGAGAGACCUGACUUAUGUUUGUUUAAGUUUUCCUUCCAGCUCCACUCCUCCGCUGUGUUUAGACUCCACAGUGACAUUCCUCUUUCAUAUCUGGACAGGCUCAGUGUUAGUUAUGCCAUCUUUCACAGGUUUUGUCAAGCUUCUGUGAGAUUUAUGUCCGGCUCUGAGAGGAAACGAGGCGAUAAAACAGACUAAACUGUCAUUGUUUUUCGGAGCUUGGUGACAUUUUUAAUCCACAUCUGUUUUGUAUAUCCUCACAGUUACCAGGAUACUGAGGUGCUCAGUGAGACUCUUUUCAAAGGAUUUACCGUUACUGUGCAUAGAAUUAUACACUUAUUUAUGUGUUGCUGAUAAAACUCCAGUGUUACUGUCAAUCAGUGGUUCCCAAACUCUUUCUGUCAUGCUCUCCUUUAAAAAAAACUGACCAACACACAUUGUCUUUUCAUUGCUUUUUUAAUAAGUGGCAUUAAGGUAAACAUCAUUUUGCAUAUCCUACCUCCACAGUGCUGCCAGUGCUGUAGAAUGGUUUGACUGCACCUCACUUUCACUCUGCUACACUGACAUAAGAAACUCCUGUUUGUUUAUAUUUCUUUAAACCAAUCAUGGACAGUUUUCAAUGGUGCUAAGUUAAGGAUGCAGCUUCAGUGUUUCCUCAAAAUAGUGGAAUUGUUUGGAGAAGAAGAUGAGCAUUGUUCAUAAAAUGAAUAAUCCACAAAAGAACUAGUAAGAUUGACUAACUGCACAAUAAAAAACCUGACAUUUUCAACGUGUAUGGAGCUGAUAUACAGUUCAUGUGAAGUUAACUAAAACCUAGUAAUUAUUGAAACAAGGGAUUUUCAUUAGGGGUUGUAUUUUUUCAGAGCUAUAGAUAAGUAUUGGCUUUCAAGGAAACUGAUAAUUGAUAUGCAUUUGCAUUAAAAAUACAAAUCUUGGUGUCAGAAUUUAGACAAAACUUAUGGUAGCACAGUACAGCAACCUGCUAAUCACAAAACAGCCCCACUCUAAAACAUACCCUAAUUUAUUGUGUUUGUUUCUUUGCAUGGAGUCAUAAUAUUCUAUAGACCCUCCAGAAAAACGCGGGCAAAAAUCCUUGAUUCCGCGGGCGAAUAAAUAUGCGGGGUUUUAUGCCAUUUCAUGCGGGGAAAUUGCGGAAAGUUGCAAAGUAUGUGAAUAGUUGUUAAAUAUGCAAAAAGAUGCGAAAUAUGUAAGAAUUGGGGGGAAAAAAGGUGAUUCUUCUCCUACAUCCUGUUACUAGGACAUACACAUCCCUUACUGAGGUUAAAACAAUUUCCUAUUCAUUUUUUAAGAAAUUGUAAUUAGGGUUUAACCACACACACGCAUACACACCCCGGUGCGCUCCUUUACUCACACACACACCCACCCACACAGCACACUCCCUGGAGAAGUCAUGGAGAGAUGCUGCAACACGGUUGAUUUUCUUCGGUGCUCCAGAAUGAUGUUGCACGGGGGGGAAAAAAGAUUCCCCCCACUUUCAUGCAGUAAAUCUGGGUACUGUUUUGCCCAGUCUCUGGCUGAAAUAUUCGUAGGUAAACGUGAUCUUUGAGCAUUCGCCAUUCUUGUUGUUCGUCUCUGAGCGCCGCGCUCCGCAUUAGCUCGUGUGUCUAGUGUGUGUGUGAAUGCCCAAACUGAUGAUGUCAGGCCGGGCGUCACAUAAAAACUCACUCACAGCUCCAUUUAUAUUGGUUAUAGUUUUCGCAUUUUAUGCAGAAAUUGUGAAAUCAAGCGGGACCUGCAUAUUUCUCUUUUUUUCAUGGAAAUGUGAGAUUCUUGCGGGAAUUAUAUGCUGUUUUGUGGGGAUUAUGCGGCCUUUUGGGAAAUAAUUGACCCCUGCAUAAUCAGCGGCAUUUUCUUGAUUAAUGCGGGAAUUCAUGCAGUCGCAUAAUCACGUUUUUCUGGAGGGUCUAAUUCUAAAUGGACACCAUUUUCUAUUGAAGGAGACUUUAAACCCAAGAGUGAGACCAUAAACUCAUCUAGGUAACAAAUCAGCUAAGAAGGAGACUCAUGUUCUUAUAGACUUCUAUUCAAUCUGUAACUAAAGGAGUCGCCUCCUGCUGGCUGUUAGGAAGAAAGCAAGCUCAUGUCUACGUCCAUUUUUAUUUACUGUCUUUGGGGUUUCACAUUUUAAUCUGAUACUUCUGCACUCCUACAGUCUGGGAACCACUGCUGUAAAUUAAUCAUUGCGACAUGUGUAUGACCAAACCUCCAUGCUUUACAGCAGUAUUUACUGGCGCGUCCUGUCUGGAAGUUUAUUUGAUAUGAUUUCAUUUUUUCAGUUAAACCCAGAUUAUAUUCUGGAUCUUCUGCAUUUUGUAUCGCUGUGUGAAUAUGUUUUUUUUACUUAGUUUUUUAAUGUAAGACUGAGCACUAAACUCCCAUGUAUGUUUUUGUAUUGAGCAAAAUUCGGCAUUACCUUGGUGCUCUCUAAACACAAAAUUGAUCAUGAAAAAGAAGCAACACCAUGAAUAAGCUCAACAAAAAUUCAAAAGAAAACACCCUCAGCGUACACAUGGUGUGCAAGCCUUGACAGGAUUUCACAUUCUGCAUUUGUGUUUUUGUUGUUGUGAUUUUGUAUUUUCCACCGACAAUCAUGAGCUAGCAUAGAAGCAUUAUGUUAACAACGUACAGAAAGUCUCGUGUUUUUUUUUUUUAAAUGAUGGGUGUUAUGGCAUUUUGCGUCUUCCUUUUCAAAAUAAAUGUCACUUUUUAUUUGAUGCCAUUGCCCACAGUGAUUCAACGUGUGUGUUGUAUUUUUAUUAAAUGGUCAUUUUUGUGUUGAAAUAAAAGAUUUGUCCAUAA